CUACAGCUCCCAGGGCGCCACAGCUCCCCGCGGCACGGAGACCACAGCUCCCGGCAGGCAAUGCUCUGUCAUGGGCCCGGCCGGGACCUGUGCCCGUUGCAUGCCGGGACCUGUAGUCUCCGGCGCACGGAAGUGUCACCGUUGUAAUCUCCUCCCCGUGGAAAGGCGCACGGCUGGGGAGUUCUCAUGGCGGGCGGCUCCGUCCCAGUACCGAGCGGAGAGGACGUUAUUUGGCGCUGCCGCGAAGGCUCAACUAAGCUCGGCUCCGCCUUUCACAACUUCCGCGGCGUCCGGAGGCCAUGGAGGAGGGAAGAGGGUAACUCUGAUUGGCUGAAGAGAAAGCGAGGGACGGGAAGAAAGACCCUUAACCCCGGCCGCUCUCCAUUUUGAUUGGAUACAGGGCCCGAGGCCGACGUGGAUGCAGGGGUGGAAAGUCCUCUCCUUAUUGGCUGCGGGCCGCAGCGUCUCCCCGGAAGGAAGGGAUAGAUGUUAGGCCCAAGGAGACGUGAGCGCCGGCACGAGCAAAACCCUGGAGACUCCGCGACUGGGCCCCCGCUGGCAGCGUCACGUGGCAGGGCCUGUCUCAGGAACUGUUGGUCUGGGGACCGUUGGUGAGCGCGCGGGCGCUGGGCGGGGCUGAGCAUGGCGACGGCCCAGGCCCUGGAGAGCCUGCAGGUGGAGGCCAGCUGCUCCAUCUGCCUGGACUACCUGAGUGACCCCGUCACCAUUGACUGUGGCCACAACUUCUGCCGGGGCUGCAUUGCCCGCUGCUGGGAGGAGCUGGAAGGCCACUUCCCGUGCCCUGUCUGCCGCCGGCGCUUCCACCUCCGCUGCUUCCGUACCAACCGCCAGCUGGGCAAUGUGGCUGAGAUCGCCAGGCAGCUCCGUGCCAAGCGCAGCCAGCGCCACCGGCGCCCCCGCCCUGAUGCCGCUAGGGCUCUCUGUCACAAGCAUCAGCAGGUCCUCAGUCUCUUCUGCGAGAAGGACCAGGAGGCCGUGUGCCUAGCCUGCCGUAUCUCCUGCCACCACCGUGACCAUGCCGUGGGUUCCCUUGACAGGGCCGCCCUGGCCCAUAAGAAGAAGCUGCGUGCCUACCUGGGUCCCCUGAAGAGGCAGGUAGAAGAUGCUCGUAAAUUCCUCUCCAGCGAGCAGAAGAAGCCGGUUGAGCUGAGGGAGAAAAUUGAGAGCCGGCGGCAGAAAAUUGCAUCUGAGUUUGAGAGGCUGCACCAAUUCCUGCAGGAGGAGCAGCAGGCCGUGCUUCGGCGGCUAGAGGAUGAGGAGAAGGAGAUUCUGCAGAGGCUGAGCGAGAACGCUGCCAAGCUUGCUGACCACAGCACCAGCCUCAGUAAGCUCAUCACAGAGAUUGAGGAGAGGUGCCAGCAACCAGCCAUUGACCUACUGAAGGGCAUCAGGAGCACUCUGAACAGGUGUGAAAACAUAAGGAUCCCCAAGGCCAUCUCCAUUGAACUGAAGAAGGACAGUUGCAGUUUUCCAUUGCAGCACUUUGCCCUGAAGAAAAUGAUAAAGAAAUUCAAAGCAGAUGUGACUCUGGAUCCAAAAACAGCUCAUCCUAAUCUUAUACUGUCCGAAGACCGCAAAAGUGUGAGGUUUGGAGAGGCGAAGCAGGAUCUGCCUGACAAUCCUGAGAGAUUUACUUAUUACCCAUUUGUUCUGGGCUCAGAGGGAUUUGUCUCAGGCAGACAUUACUGGGAGGUGGAGGUGGGAGAUAAGACUCAGUGGACUUUAGGAGUUUGUAGGGACUCUGUGACUAGGAAAGGGAAGAUUACACCAUCACCUGAGGAUGGAUAUUGGAGACUCAGGCUGUGGAAUAAAGAUGUUUACACAGCUCUUACUUCCAGUCCCACACCCCUAUUGUUGAGAGUGAAGCCUAAACGGAUUGGGAUUUUCCUGGAUUAUGAACUGGGAGAGAUUUCAUUUUACAAUCUGAAUGACCAUUCUCACAUCUACACUUUCACUGAAACUUUUACAGAGAAACUCCGCCCUUUUUUCUAUCCCGGAGUCCAUACAACUCCUCUGAUAAUCCGACCAGUUACAGAUUGGGAAUAAUGAAAUCAAGACAUUAAAAAAAUCCUGGUUUUCUAAACUUAUUUUAUUUUAAAGUGGUCAUCUUCACUUCUAGUAAUGGACUGAAGACCUGGUGGUUUAAGGCCAGAAGGGACCAUCAGAUCAUCCAGGCUGAGUUCCUGUACAUCCUAGGCCACCAACUCCACCUAGUACCCACACAUUGAACUUAAAAAAAAAGUUCAAAACCAUUAGAACAGUUGUGGACCUUCUCACAGUAAUUUCUUUCUACAAACUGAAGGCAUAUUUUCUUUUAACUAAUGGAAGAAUUGGUUUGUUAGCUGCUUGUAGAUAUCCCAUUCUUCUCCAGAGUGGAAGGGAGAGCCUAGGUUAUCAAGGAGUAAAUUGAUACAAGAUGACAUUGUUUGAAAGUUUUAUAAACAACACUGAUGUAUAGAAAGUUACACGCACUUAUGCUAUUAUGGCUUUUUUGUUAGUGGAAUGGUAUAUGUUAACUUUUGCUGGGAGUGCAAACUGCAGUUAAAGUUGUAUUUAGGCUUCCAGUAUAAGUUCUUGUUUUCAAAUCUGUCAGCUUGUUUUUUAAUUUAUGAGAGUUUGGGGAUAAAAUGACUGUUUUCUACCCUAAAACAUGGUAUUAGUUUUGGGUGAUUGUAAAAUGGUAUAAUGGGUUUUCAUGUCUUUUACUAAUUCUAGACCAAAUUUGCUCAGUUUAGAAGUUAAUAAAAUGGGUUUUUUUAAAUUGUCAGUCCUGCAAACUCAAUCUCUGGGCACUGACAAUCAAUCUGGGUUCUCUCUUGUUUAGGCAUAAUCAAUAAAGAUUCUGCAGAUUAAAUUAUAAUCCUAUUACAGAUCCAGUUCAGUUAUCUUUAGGUGGUUUGUAUACAUAUGUAACUGAAGGCAGAAUUUGUUCCUCCAAGUGAAAUGUUAAUAAAACUGUUUCACCACA